AUGUUCUUACCACGUGCGCCGAAGGCUCCCAAUCGCCCUAAACAAGAGCCCCGUGAAUCAAAAUUCUUUGAAACAGAAGACAACAUGACUGCCAUCAACGGCGGCUCGCCAAUGGAGAUCGACAGUCGAAACGAGAAUGAAGUUGACCGUCUGAUCAUUUCAACUGAUUUCGGAACGACAUUUAGUUGUGUUGCUUUUGCCAGCAGCAAAGAUGAAAUCGGAAUCGUGAGAGGAUAUGCCACUGAUCCAAUGUCAAUCCAAAAGAAGCCUCGAUUUGACGUGCCGACUGAGAGUUGGUAUCCGACCAAAGCCAAGCUGGAGGAACUGGCGAUAGAGAACAAUGCAGACAACGAUGAGCCGAUGCUGAAAUUUGAUGACGAUGAUGAUUCAGAUGACGAUGGGUUCAAUGAUGCUGGUUCAACGCCAAAGAUUAUGUACUGGGGUUACGAGGUACAAGGCAAACUAAGCGAGCCUGAUUUGGAUAAGAAACAAUACACUUGUGUCAUGAGGUCGAAACUGUUGUUGGACACCAGCUAUGAGACUGAGAAGAUCCGCGAGGAACUGAAACCAGUCUUGAAGAGUCUCAAAGCUAGAAAGUACAUCAAAGCAAACGAGGACGUCAUUGUCCAAUACCUCGAACAGCUCUUUUUACAUGCGAAGAAAUACCUGCACGAAAACCGGAGACUCAAAGAUACGACAAUUGUAGAGCAUGUGUUAUGCGUGCCUGUCAUCUGGUCGCCCAGUGCAUGCAGGAAAAUGCAAAGCGCUAUGGAAGUCGCCAUUCAGCGAUCGGACCUUGGUAGCAUUAACAACCUUUUUCUUGUGUCGGAACCUGAAGCGGCGGCAGCUUACGUGCUUGAAUACAGCAACAGCAUUUCUCCAGAAGAAACAUUCAUACUUUUAGACGCCGGUGGAGGAACAGUUGAUGCUACUACAUACACUGUUAGUGGUUCGGAGCCUCUUAGAUUGAAAAGAGAAGAGGUAGCUGCGAAAGGCGGACUUUACGGCUCCAGCUACUUGAACGAAGCAUUUAAAGAAUACCUGUUUGGUCGUCUGGAGAGUGAAAAGUCCGACAUAGAGAUCAAUGGGAGAACUAUUCAAGGAAUUGUCGACCAGCAAACAGUAAACUUCGAAAAUUCAUUGAAAAGAAUCAUGGAUGUGACAAAUCAGAAUAUGGCACCGAUUUUUCUUCGUAUCGACGGCCUUCGCGAGAAUCCAGAAAAGGGCUUUUCAGCAAAUCGCAUUAAAAUCAAGAGAAACGAUUUCUGGAGAAUAUUUGAGAGAUGUCUCCGAGGCAAUAUGGAUUUAAUGCUCGAUCAGAUCAAGCUGUCGAGAGAGGCUGGACUCAUUAUAAAGAAAGUGAUAUUGAUUGGAGGAUUUUCGAACAAUCCAUCUCUCAGAAAGACAUUGGAGAGACGACUAAGAAAACUCGAAAGAGACACGGGUGUUUCCAUCGAACUGGAAACCGUAAAUGAUCCAGAAUACCUAGAAACAGCGAUGGCCAGCGGCGGAAUCUUGCGGGCGCUUGAUAAGGAAAAAGAUGAGCUAGAGAGAAUGAGCUUAUGCAGCUACGGAUUUUUCUUACAGGAAGAACACGAUCCGAUAGGUAUCCCGGCACAUAAAAAUGUUAAGCCAAUAAACGAUUCAAGUGACGGUGUACCAUAUUUGGAGGUGAUGGAUUGGGUAGUGAAGAAGGGAGAAAUCAUCCCGGCCGCCAAAGAAUAUCGUAUGGACGUACAUUUCAUCUUUCCCGCAGCACGAAAGACCUUUAUCUAUGAACAAGAGUUAUAUGUCUCGGACACUAGUACUGAGCAACAUUACAAAUUCUCACACCCUAAAAAUAGAGGAGCUCAAAUAGUUGGAACCAUUCAUUCGGACUUCAGCGAAUUAAUCAGAUCUGGAGGUAUCCAGGAGACAAUAGAGCAAGACGGUCCAAAAGUAUUGAGGUAUUAUAGAGUUGAUUUCGAGCUUGUUAUGAAAGUAAAGGGCCGAAAUUUGGAGAUAGAAGGUUGCAUUGGAGGAGAAUCAUUUGGUGGUAAGGAAAUCAGUAUUGCAGCAGCCUUCGUCCCUGGUACAAAGUAG